AUGGCAGCAACACGCGCACCAACCCUCACGAUCACUCACCUCACCACUGCAACUGCCAUUCUCAACAUUGAUGGAGUGAACUUCUUGACAGAUCCAUUCUUUGGGGCCGCUGAAGGCAACGAAUAUGAUGCGAGCGAGUUGUUCGAACAGUUGGAUCUGAAAACCUACGGGUUGGACAGCAUUCCGCCCCCGCCGCACCUUUCCAAUAAGGAAGGCCCAGCGCUCCAGCUCAAUGAGCUGCCACCUAUCGACGCAGUGCUUCUUAGUCACGAGGACCACGUUGACAACUUAGACCCUGAAGGCCGCAAGCUGUUGGAUGGUCGAAAGGUGUUUACCACCGUGGAUGGUGCCUCCAACUUACGUCCACGCCCGGGAGUCAUUGGUCUUCGCCCUUGGGAGACUGUGACAUCCUGCAUUGGAGGAAAAACAUACCGAAUUACCGGUACGCCUUGCAAGCACUUCCCAAUCGGAGAAGUUACGGGCUUCAUCCUGGAGACCGAUUCCUUCGGCCUGGAUCCAUCCGGAAAGCCGAAUGCAAUUUACUUCUCGGGUGACACCGUCUACAUCGAUGAGCUACGCGAGAUUGGACAGAAAUGGCACAUUACCGCAGCUCUUUUCAACUUGGGCAAUGCUACCCUUGACCUCCCAACCGGUCCAAUUCAGAUUACAAUGGACGGUAAACAAGCUGUUCAGCUUGCCCGCGAGAUUGGUGCUGAUGUUAUGGUUCCACUUCAUUUUGAGUCCUGGGGCCAUUUCAAGGAAGGCCGGACGGAAUUAUUGGACGUUUUCACCAAGGAGGGAUUCUCGGAUAAAGUGUGCUGGACUGUUCCUGGUGUUGCCAAGGUUGUUUUCUAA